UUGAAGAGGAGGAGGAGGAGGAGGAGAGGAGGGGAGAGAGCUAAAUCUGGCAAACGUCGGGGGAUUGAGGGUGAGGAAGCAGGGGAUUGCGGUGGAGGGGGAGGACGAGGAGGAGUGCAGGCCGUGGCGUCGGAGGCUGUCAUCCAUGGCGGUCUCCUGGUCUUCUCUCUUUCGGAUAUCCCUCCUCUUACUUCUCGCGGCCGCCAUCGUCACCGCCUUCGCCACCCUCCCCAUGGAAAAGGUUCUGAAGGAUUUUUUGGUUUGGAUCAAGCAGAACCUUGGUCGAUGGGGUCCUCUUGUUCUGGCUGUGGCAUAUAUCCCUUUGACAGUGUUAGCAGUUCCAGCAUCAAUACUUACACUGGGUGGUGGAUAUCUUUUUGGGUUGCCUGUGGGUUUCGUUGCUGACUCUACUGGAGCAACAAUUGGUGCAACAACUGCAUUCCUGCUUGGUAGAACGAUUGGGAGGGCUUAUGUUAUUUCCAAGUUGAAGGAUUAUCCCAAGUUUCAAGCAGUUGCUAUUGCAAUUCAGAGAUCCGGUUUUAAGAUUGUAUUGCUGCUUAGGCUUGUGCCACUGCUUCCAUUUAACAUGCUAAACUACCUCCUAUCUGUUACUCCUGUUGGCAUUGGAGAGUAUAUAAUGGCUUCCUGGCUUGGAAUGAUGCCAAUUACUCUUGCACUAGUAUAUGUUGGAACAACUUUAAAGGAUCUAGCUGACGUGACACAUGGAUGGAGUGAGGUUUCUCCUGCUCGUUGGGUACUUUUAAUAUCAGGGUUUCUAAUAUCAGCUAUCCUCAUGGUAUGCGUUACAAAAGUAGCAAAGUCAUCGUUAGACAAGGCACUGGCUGAGAAUGCAGAGGUGGAGAACAUCCUAGUUACACCUCAAUUGCCCAUCGUGUCGACUCCUAACCCAGAUCUACACCAACCUCUUAUUAUCAAUAUUGAACCUUCAAUUGAUGAACACAAAAGUUAAAUUCCUUAUGUAAAUUCUUCCCGACAGUUUCUUCAGCAUGAUACAAGCUAGUACAAGCAUUAGUUCAUGAGGAAGCAUCAUACAUUUGAGGCAGCAGUAUGCCUGCUGGGGCUAGUCUCAUUCUUAGAUGAUAUAGGCUUUUCUUUCCUCUUUUUUCCCUAUAAUACACACCUGAUGAAUAUAAAAAUGUGCUAUGUUUCUUGAAAGUAA